AUGGCUUCACUGGAUCUACAAAAUAUCACAAGUUCUUCAAAUACUGUUAAAUCAGGAGUUGUAUCCGUCUUUGACGGGAAUGAGAUGCAUAUGACCAUAAUUUCUGUGCUCUAUAUCAUCAUCACCAUCGUAGGAAUGGUGGGGAACAUAUUUGUAUUGGUUGCCGUGGUACUUUCGAGGAAGCUUCACACAUUCACCAAUGUUUUUGUGGUAAACCUGAGUUUAUUUGAUUUCUGGACAUGCUUCGCAUUGCCCUUCCAGGCUGUUGGCAUCAUGGCAACCAAUGGCUGGCCACUACCUCCUGCCAUAUGUACUAUCAUCUCAGCUAUGGCUAUAGUUACACAGUCUGGGAGUGUCAUGACGCUGGCCCUGAUUGGAAUCAAUCGCUACCUCCACAUUGUCAAACCAAAGGAAGUCUACUUCAAAGUCUACACUCACCUUAAGGUUGGAAUUAUGAUAGGCAGCACAUGGCUCUUUCCUACUCUCUUUCUAGUAGGACCACAGUUUAUUCCGGGCAUUGGAUCAUUGAGAUAUAGUGAAAAGUUCAAGGUCUGCUUGUGGGAUACCAACUGCAAGUUAGCCAUUAUUAUCCAGUGUACGGGUGCCGUAGUAUUCAUUAUAUCAACGUUCAUUAUCAUCUUCUGCUACUCGGCCAUUUAUCUCUUCAUCCGCAAGCACUUCAAAGACUCCAAUACCUCACUGCAGAUAAACCUCAAUCCUCCAGGUGACGAAGCAAACUAUCACUUUGGCGGCAAGCUGGAGGUACUCGCUAUCUUUCCUCAGCUUCGCUUUGGAAAGAUAGCUACAUCCAGUUGGCUCAUGAGUGAUAGUUUGCCCAUCAACUUCACCAAGAGUAGCAGUUUGAAUCUCACCUUUCCUGUUCCAGAGACACAUCUACAGUAA